AUGGCCACAACGCCCACGCCCCGUUAUAUCAGCCCGGACGGCCACGAGGAUGCGGAUGCUGUAACUGCAACUGCAACUGCGCCUUUGUCUCCUCCUCCCAACGACGACCGAACUCCGACUGUCGAGCUCCCCGAACCUCUCCAAGGCAGCGACGACGAGACAAGCGAGAAUGUCGGGCCUGCGAAUCCCGGCCACAUGGCUGUGAACCUGAACCAAAGCAUCUUCGGUCUGAUUGCCGCCGCCGGCUCUCGCGUAGACUUCAACACGCGCUUUGACGACGGCAGCAGCGACGAGGACGAGGGGAGCAGCCUGAAGCCUCUGCGCUCACGACAUCGCGAUCUCUCACAAACCGCUAUACUCGGUUCAUUACCGGCCAAGGACAAGAGGCUGGGGAAGAAGCAGCCGUCUGGACAUCGGAUGCUCAAGUCCUUUGCGUCGUUGCCCAAGAGGACGAGCAGAUCUGGAAAGGGCUCCAGUCGGCUAUGGGAGCCUACCCAGGAAGUCGACGAGCAUAGCGAGACAAGCGAGUCGCCGUCUCCCAAGAUAUCCCUACAGCAGCCUGAAGAUGACCUCCGGAUAGCGCCCGUCAUGAGCAGGAUGCUAGAGGCCAAGGCUGAAAUGGCUAGCCGGUCGAGCUUCGAUACCGAAAGAGACUCUUCCGAAGACAAUGAACACAGCGAUGGGGAGCAUGUCACAGAGCUGGCAAAGAAGCUGAUGGAGAUAUUCAAAUUUGACGAACCCGAGCGUGUCAUUGAAGAGUAUCCCUGCUGGCUACUACAGAGUGUCUUGCUCCAAGGCUUCUUAUACAUCACUUCCAAGCACAUUUGCUUCUACGCACACCUUCCUAAGAAGACACACACCGUUACCAAGUCGGGUUUCCUGCUGAAAAGCGGCAAACGCAAUCCAAAAUACAACCGCUACUGGUUCCGCCUAAAAGGCGAUGUCUUGUCUUACUACCAGGAUCCCACAAACUUGUACUUCCCUCACGGCCACAUCGACCUCAGUUUCGGCAUCUCUGCUAGCGUUACCGACGAAGACAAGGAGGGCGUGCACUUUGACGUAGUGACGAGCCAUCGUACCUACAAAUUCAAGGCCGAGAGUGCGCCAAGCGCUAAGGAGUGGGUAAAGAGCCUACAAAGGGUCAUUUUCCGAAGCCACAACGAUGGUGACAGCGUCAAGAUCUCUCUGCCCAUCGAUAACAUCCUCGAUGUUGAAGAUACCCAGAUGAUGGAGUUCUCGGACACGUGUAAGAUUCGGGUCAUCGACAGCGAUGAGACCUUUGCUAUCGACGAGUACUUUUUCUCAUUCUUCAACUCCGGCAAAGAGGCCAUCAGUGUUAUCAAGGUCUUGGUCGAAAACGCAUCCGCUGAGGGACCAACUGCCGGCAAGGUCAUUGCAGCUCAAAAGGAAGAGUCUUCGAAUCAGUCAUCGCCGCACAUCUCCGGAACCGCCUUCAGGAAUUUGACCCGCGUAGACAGCGCGCUCACGACAAAGCCUCUGGGUACUGCCAGAGGGGACGGUUCUCCGGCAUGGGCGGAUUCGACAAGUCCGAGCGCCGACGAAGCAGGCGUGCUGAGCUUGAGAAGCUCUCGGGGCAGGAGUUCGAGCGACAACAAGACGUCAGAUCACGCUGAAGAAAGGAGGGAAUCGCGACUGCUAGAGUCGUCAGAGUCCAAUCUGUAUUCGUCCAUCGAGGAGCCAAGUUUUGCUAGUCUCACGCAGUCUGCGUUUGAAGACCCUUCUGCGAGCCAGAUUCUUCGAGGCAGCGACGUUUUCCAGAGUCCCACGAUGAGACACUCACAAACCUCCAGUCACGACUAUGGUGAGUUCAAGGGCAAAGAUGCAGCGUCAGGACAGGGGCCGCACUCCUCGGCGGCAGCGAGUCAAAACGAUGCGUCAAGCUACAGCGGUUUUGUUGAACCCCCGCGGACGUCGACGCCUACGCUGCAGAGUAUCACCAAAAUAGGGGCUUAUCCCCUACAGCGAGCCGGCGCAAUCGCCGAGUACCUGAACAAGACGGGCAAAAGAAUGAGUACCCUCUUUGCUACCGAGUCUAUGGGCUAUGUCGAGAAGGUUUCCGGCAUGUGGAAGGGCGAACGCAAGCACUACGACGAACCUGCCGGUCUUCGGCCCGAUCAAGACGAGCUGGAAGAGAACGACGAUGGUCAGAUACAAACCUCUAAUGAGCGGUUCCGAGCGCACUUUGCACUCCCCGACACAGAGAGGCUGCAGGCCACAUACUUUGGCUACAUCAUGCGUGUCCUGCCGUUGUAUGGCAAAAUCUACCUCAGUGGCCGAUACUUUUGCUUCCGAAGUCUGCUCCCUGGCACUCGCACAAAGCUGAUUCUGCCCUUGAAGGAUAUCGAGAACGCCCACAAGGAAAAGGGCUUCCGCUUCGGAUACUCUGGCUUGGUUGUCGUCAUCCGGGGGCAUGAGGAACUCUUUUUUGAGUUUCGAACGGCCGAGGUCCGUGACGACUGCGCGGUGACGCUCCUGCAGGGCCUCGAAACCACUCGCCAUCUUCUGGAAUCCGGAAUCCUAGAGCAGCACUAUAGGGACGAUGCAAGAGCUGCCAUUGCAGAGCGAGACGCCUUGAGUAUAGCAAGGGGGGAGGCGCUUGUCGAUGGUAAACAUGACCUGUCGCAAUCGACCGCUCUAUCUCAUGUCCCCGAUAUGACGCCCGGGGAUGACAUGGAGGCAUCAGUGGUCCAAUUCAAGGCGCCGCAUCCCAUGCGAAUCACAUGCCUUACAAUUGGCUCCAGGGGCGAUGUUCAGCCGUACAUUGCCCUAUGCAAGGGACUGCUCGCAGAAGGCCACAAGCCACGGAUCGCGACCCAUGCCGAGUUCCAAGGAUGGAUCGAGUCCCACGGUAUCGAAUUUGCGUGUGUAGAAGGUGAUCCUGGGGAGCUCAUGCGCCUCUGCAUUGAGAAUGGAACCUUUACCCUCUCGUUCCUACGAGAAGCCAAUGCGACAUUCCGAGGUUGGCUUGAUGAUCUCCUCGACUCCGCGUACAAGGCCUGUGAGGGAUCGGAGCUCCUCAUCGAGUCGCCGUCAGCCAUGGCGGGCAUUCACAUUGCAGAAAAGCUUGGCAUUCCGUACUUUCGAGCCUUCACAAUGCCUUGGACGAGGACCAGGGCGUAUCCCCACGCUUUUGUCACGCCGGAAAAUAAGAUGGGCGGCGCCUACAACUACAUGACCUACGUCAUGUUUGACAACAUCUUCUGGAAGGCCACUGCCCACCAGGUCAACAGAUGGAGGAACAAGACGCUUGGCUUGCCAAACACUAGCUUGGAAAAGAUGCAGCCCAACAAGGUGCCCUUCCUAUACAACUUCAGCCCCAGCGUUGUCGCGCCUCCGCUGGAUUUUUCCGACUGGGUCAGGGUCACCGGCUACUGGUUCUUGGAUGAAGGCAGCGACUACGAGCCUCCCCAAGAGCUCCGGGACUUUAUCAAGAAAGCAAGAGACGACGGCAAGAAGAUUGUGUAUGUCGGGUUUGGCUCCAUCAUUGUCAACGACCCGGUCAAGAUGACACAGGAGGUCAUCGACGCCAUCCUUAAGGCCGAUGUCCGAUGCAUCCUGUCCAAGGGCUGGUCUGACCGCAUCACCGGGCGAGACGAACCCGUGAGGCCGGCCGCCGCCGCCGCCGUCGAAGAGCCAGUGAUGCCGCCGGAGAUUCACGUCAUCAAGUCUGCUCCCCAUGACUGGCUGUUUCGACAGAUUGAUGCGGCAGCACAUCAUGGCGGAUCCGGCACCACGGGCGCCAGUCUUCGGGCCGGCAUCCCGACCAUUAUCCGGCCAUUCUUUGGAGACCAGUUCUUCUUUGCGAGCCGAGUGGAAGACUUGGGCGUUGGUGUCUGGGUCAAGAAGUGGGGGACGAAAUCCUUUGGCCGGGCUCUUUGGGAGGUCACGCGUAACGAGCGAAUGAUUGUCAAGGCCCGGCUGCUGGGAGAGCAGAUUCGCAAGGAAUCUGGCGUGGAGACUGCCAUUCAGUCGAUUUACCGAGACAUGGAGUACGCAAAGAGCCUGAUUAAGCAUACAGACGGGCACCUAGAGGCCGAAGAAGACGAGGACACGGAGGAGAGCUGGACGUUUGUCCGGGGCGAUGAACCGGAUCCAGAUGUGAUUACGACCAAGUUGAGCGAGGGAUUGGAUGGCGUGGCAUUGGGUAACAACAAUAGCAAGGCGUCGGUCAAGGCUUGA